AUGUUCCAAGAAACCAUUGAGACUGUGCUAGAGUUCAUUGGUUCUCACAGUGAACAGUACGGCUGCAGCGGGGUAGAGCUGCUUUCCUUUGUCUCUAGUGAUGUACUGCCAUACUACGGACUCGCAGGGCACAAUACUCUUCAGCGUACGGUACUAGAUCUCCUUAUUAACGAGGGCGGUAGCUUUACGGUGAAAUGUGGAGGAAAAGUAGUGACAGCAACGGAACUCAUGGCUGCACCAAUUCCCUACAAUGAUUGUACUUUCUUCCCAACACUAGAGUUGCAGGAGAAGACGUUAGGAAUAUCGUUACGCCACAAAAAUGUCCGUGCGGCUGUAAACUACGCCUGUGAUCACUUUGUAACGGGAUUUCGCCGUUAUCAGAAUGUGAAGGGAAAGGCCGGGGAACGUACAUCUGUUUCCGGAUUGGGAAUUGGCAUUAGACAACUGUUGCGAGAACAGUGGUUGCGUGUACUCUAUGUGUGUGAGAAUGAGACAGCCCCGAUGGUGCCGUAUCUCGUGCCCCACUUCGCCGCCCCACCGACGUAUGAACAAGUAACGAAGCGACGAUCGCCCAUGGAAACAUAUUUGGCACGUCGCCGAGAAGAACAACGACCUCCGUUUCUUCCUAUUGAUCUUUGUGUGGCACGCCGUAUUAUUAUGUCCUCUCCGGAGCAAAAAUUAGUAUUUGAAGAUGCCAUUCAUGCUAUUUUUGCAGCACAUGGACAAGAGGUACCAAAACGUGAUGGACGCAAGAUGCGUUUCGCCCUCCGUCGUAUGUUAACUGCUGCAGGUCUUUCUGUUGUGAGAGGUUCUAUCGUUGUAAGACGCAGAGAGCGUUCUGUCUGGGUAGUAGUUCCAAAUAGUGGACCAGUAGUAUCUGAUGAUAGUGAUGGUAAUAGUGAUGAUGAAAAUGAAAAUGCCAGUGAUGAUGAUAAUGAUGAUGAGACCUCUUCUGGAGAAGAAAGUGGUGAGGAUAGCGGUGAUGAUGAUCAUAAUAAUAAUGAAAAUGAGGAGCAUAGAAAUACAACAACUCCAAAAGUAUCACUAACAAAAACGGGGACUACGAAUACAACACGAAAAAAGAGUGAUUUCUUCUGUGUUGAUCCAUCUUAUCCUCUUGCAUUACAAGUUGUUAAAGUAGCGGAACAGCAACCAAUUGCACUAGAGUCAAUAUUACCACGUGUUAUUCUAUAUGAUUUUCGUGCCACAACACAGGAGGUACAUCGAAUUACACGACAAUAUGAGGAACGUUGGGGAACUAUUGAAAGUAGCAAUGUGUUAAGUAGUCAUAGCAAAGCGUUCACCCGACUUGUGCGACCAAAGGGAUAUGAUGAGACACGACAAAGUCAAAUAAAUAAUAAUACGAAUACUAUUACAAACAACAAUGAUCAUAAUGAGAAUACAGUAGAUACAUUACUACCUAAAGGUGUAUCACAAUGGGCGGUAAAUACAGUAAUGGAGGCUCUGCGUUCUGCACCAUUACAGGCAUUAUCUCUAUUUGAAUUGAUGCGUAGUGUUGACCGACGGACGUUAAGACGUGUGCUGCCGUACCUUCGCGAUGAGGGACGUCUCACGACAUCUGGCAUAACGUUAGCGAAUAGUAGACGUGUUGGUAUUGUUGCACUUGCCGGUGUUGAACUAACUACUGAAAAACGAAUGAAAAUUGAACAGGCAUAUCUUAAUAGCCUUUCUGCCCGUAAAGAAAAACGACAACAAUCAAAGGUUAUGUUACAACAUUUACCAGAGCCUACAGAAGGAGGUGUUGGUCGAUCUGCUGCUGCUGUUGCGAUAGCAAAGUCUACGGCGAAGAGUUCACGAUUAGUGGCAAAACUUACAAUGGUGCGUAAUGGGUAUUCUCGUGUUGGUCUAUUUCGUCUUUCACGACUUCAUAUUGAACUUUGGCGUAUAUGGUGUGCACUUCAACGUUCGCCUGGUGAUUCCCUUACACUGGAAGAGAUACUGCAGGAAAUGACUCUUAGUUCCUUUUGUAUAAUUGUUGGUUUAGCUGAUAUUGACGUUGGGAAGUAUAUUAACACCCAAUCAUUAUCUACGGGGUCUUGUACGUUGUGGGGUACAUCACUCCGUCGUUUGCCUCCCACAUUGCAGCAACAUUGUCGUCGUUCCGGUGUACAACCCCUCUUACACUCUCUUGCUGGAUUGCAAACACAAAGCCUUGUAUUGUCUGAUACAUCACUCGCGGCAUAUUUAGAUUUGCAACUCUCAGAUAUUUCCAUUACACUUGCGGAAACUGCCUGUGAUCGACAAAAUCGCAUGCAUACUUUCUAUAGCAGCGGGGAUCCUAACAAGAAUCAAGUCAGUAAUAAUGGUAAUAGUAGUACGGCAACAACACCACAACAGACAUGUCAUGCCUUGUUGAGUUUCUGGGGUGACUGGUGGGUAACUGUUACACCACCGCGUGAGUCCACCCGAAGAGCAGCACUCAUUAGAGAAAUUUCACUAACAGAACCAAAUUUAUCAAAUGUUCAACUGGUCGCACUUUCACGGUUAUUACGCAUGGAUUGUGGGGUCCUUGCGGAGUACUUGCUACAGCGGCAGGGAAUGGUACAUGCAAGGAAACGAACCUUACGUGAUGUGAUGCAAGGAGAGGAAACAGAUUUAAUACGACACGGUGGUCAUAACACUAAUACAAUGCCACGGCGCCGAAUUGAAGUGAAUGGAGUAACAAUGGCAGAGGCACUUGAUGUUGCGAUGCACACAGAUGAACCAAAACGAGGUUUCACACGCCUUCUCACAUUGGUACGACGUUACGGUAAACCAUUGCAGGUAUCUUCUUACAACCCAUAUAAUUCAUGUGUACAUGGGAGUAUGAAAACAUUGAUGCAAUGUAUCGUAGAUACAACGGAGAAGAGUACAUCUUCCUCUACUCCCACUGGUUUGCAGGCAACUGUGGCUUCAGUGGUCUCACCUAAUCUUUCAGCAGCGCCAUGCAGUACAGAAGCGAAGGAAAAAAGGGCUGUAGAGACUUCUCCUCCUGCAGUGGAGACGAAUACUGAUGCGAUUGCAGCAAAUGUGGAAGCGACCCCCAGUGAAAAGAAAGAACAACCAGUCGAACCGGAUGAGACGUUGCAAGAUAUCAUACGAAUGAUAUUACUUACUGAUGAAGCACACUAUGAUGCUGUCGCAGCGAAUGCACUUCUCUCACACUUUUCAGAGGAAGAUCAACAACGGUGUAUUGAGUGGUUAUUACGAUUCCCUGCUUUUCGUACACGCUCUGGUGGUUCCGGUCGACUUCCACGCAUUGAACUAUCGCCGGUUCUCAGUUUUAUACCAGCGGCCGUUGCGGCAUGUGUGACCCACCGUGGCAGUGCGAGUGCGACCCUUGUUCACGACAUGGCGACGGGAUUGCUCUUCACACCCCACUCAAACUGCCAGCGCUGGUGUAUGCCUCCCUUUACAAUGACAGAAGAUGUGAGAGAGAUGGAGUGGAUGCGACGCGCCCCACGUCUUGUGGAGCAGCCAUCACUUGAUUUAAGUUCUCUCGCCGAAGGCAUUCGGGAGCAGAAGGGAUUGGCGGUAGUACGGUUACCACGAUUUGUCUGGCCAUCCCCUGCGGCGGCAAGUACGGCGAAGACCACGUUAACUUCCUUAUCAUCAUCAUCAUCUACUACGGCGAGUACUAAUAAUACCACUAGUGCUGGUAAUACUAAUACCGUUCCAAAGGCGUUACCAACAGCUGCAUCUAUGCGACAGGGAGUGGAGCCGUACCCUGCGCGAGGUCUUCUGCGCACGUGGUCUCGUCUGCAACAUCUUGAGCUGCGGGAUAUUCCCGUGGAUCCUCCACCAUCACUAGAGCAGGUUGCAGUGGCACGUGCGGCAGUUCUCACACCAGAGAAGACAAAAACAUCCUCAUCAUCCUCGCGGUAUCCCAGUAUCUUUCAUCACGUGGAUGGUGCCUUCCAUGAGUUUCUCUGGCGAAGUUUUCUCUUUGCUGUGUACACUCUCAUACACCAGUCGCCUGGUAUCACCGAGUCGCAGUUGAUGCAGCGACUUAGGGGAGGCGGUCUUGUGAGUUCUGUCUCCUGCCGACUUGCACUAGAUUUCCUCAAACAAUCAUUAGUGAUUGUGGCGCGUUGUACUGUACUGCCCUCCGAGAGGGGCUCACCAAGUCCAUUUGCAACAACAACAGCAGCAGUGGGAGAGACGACAUGUCAAGAGCAGGAGUGUUACUUUUCUACUGUUCCUCAGGAGGGGCCUUGGAACGUCAUGACUCUGUAA